AUUUGUCAGUGCAAUAAUAAGUACACUUUCUCUGUUCUAUGCGUAGUUUUGUCAUUCUCGUGCCACUCGUUCUCUGCAAGUAUCAUUAUUAUACAUUCGAAAGCAAAGCGGCAUCGGGUCUCGAAUCAUCGUCAUCAUCAUCAUCAUCAUCAUCAUCAUCAGAAUCGCUGGAGUCGGCGUUGGCGAUCGGCAGUAGGAUAUCCAGAGCUACAGUAAAUGACAUAGUUUCGAAGAACAUCACUAUGGUUCUCGAGAAUCUACUGAUGAAUUACGAAAACAGUCAGCUGCCCACACACGGUAAAGGAGUGCCCACUGUGGUCAAAACCAAUAUCCUAAUUAGAAGUAUGGGUCCAGUGUCUGAGCUCGACAUGGAUUACUCGAUGGACUGUUAUUUCCGGCAAUCGUGGCGCGACUCGCGUUUAAGCUUCCUGGGUCCGAUUAAGUCCCUCAGCCUCAGCAUUAAAAUGCUCGAAAGGAUUUGGCGUCCCGAUACUUACUUCUACAAUGGCAAACAUAGUUACGUGCACACGAUCACUGUGCCGAACAAAUUGCUAAGGAUCUCCCAGGAUGGCGAUAUAUUGUACUCCAUGAGGUUUGUUCGCGCGUGAAUUUACGCACUGUAUCGGCAAAUCGAAUCCAAUUUCGUCGAUACUCGCGAGAUAUUUUUGGAUUUCUUUUACAAAUAUAUUUGUGGAAAAAAAAUAUGUGCGAUCAAGGAA